AUGCCACCGGGCGACUGGUCGUACGCGAUCGUGCUGGGCGAUCCGACCGCCAUCGUGCUCAAGGAUGCAUGGGUCGCGUCCCUCUACUACCUAGAUAUUUGGAUCAACAUCACCAACUUUGGCGUCGCGACGAUGCAAAUUCAGGUCAGCGACGACUUGGGUCUUGUACUGCAAGGUGUCCUUUACAUGUCGCGCACGGUCUGGUUUGCGUACUGGGGUCUCUGCCUCGUCUCCUAUGGGCUCAAGCGCUGGGAAAAGCAGCACGUCUUCUCCGAAGUCGACCCGACAGUGCUUGCGAUAGCGGUGACCGUGUACGGUCCGGCCUUUGUGUUCAUGCUGGAAUACAUCGCAGAUUGUUCGCGGAUGUACCAUGCGCUCUUCUAUUGCCUCGUGCCCACAGACCUCCAAAGCCAAGAGAGCGAAGCGGCUCUCGUUUGUAUCAUCUAUACCUUGACGACGCUGAGCAUUCCGUUGGCGUACGGCUUGGUCGCGGGCUGCGUUCGUCGACCACGGCCGAUCCCAGCGGACUGUAGCUCCGUGCGCUACAAUAGCGUCAAGAGCGCCGCCUUGUUCCAAGCCUCCAAAGCCCUGCACAUGGCAACGCCGCGUCCUGCGCGCGGUGGCACCAUCUACCACGCGAUGGAAUUGAACCCGCGGCUCAAGUGCUGUCCGACCAUUAGCCUACGGGGCACCGACUGCUUCUUGCUCUGCUACUGCAACGGUGUGCUUAUCGAGCGGCUGCGCUUGAGCCUUCUCUCGGGCAUCAACUUUGAGCGCGCGGUGAUUCCGCACAGCAAGGCGCCGUCCAGGUAUGUCGUCAACGAGUUGCGGGCGACGGUGUCUUCCGUGCCGAAGGAGUGUGGUCCUGUCCUGCCGCCCAAAAGGAGCUACGAGAUACGCAUGUCGCUCGAGCCCUCUGUUUGGUGUAUUUAG